CUGUCCGACCUUCUCAAUGCUCUCGACGGGGUAGCAUCACAAGAAGGUCGAGUGCUCAUGAUGACCACAAACUACAUUGAGCAUUUAGAUCCUGCGCUCAUACGGGCUGGUCGCGCCGACCAGAAAAUUGAGCUUCCUAAUGCUAAUAAGGAC